AAGCUCUACGCAGUUCUGUUUUGUAUAUCUAUAUAUCAGUCUAUUUGUUUGCUAAUGUAAUUUAUGCAUUUAUCUAUUCAUAGACUAGUUUAUUAAAUGAUUUACUUAUUUUUUAAAUCUAUUUAUUCAUAUACAAAUAGGGCAGAUUUAAUGAUCGUAGUUUCAGCUUCAUAAUUUUUGGUUCAUUUGCCGUUUUGAUCCGCCAUGUAACAGGUUCAGACAAAGCGACUGGUGGCUGGACAACAUGCUAACCGGAAUCCCGCGCAUCAUCGUUGGAAAUUGCACAGGUGAUGGCGUUGUAAAUAGCAUGGAGCUCCUUAAGACAGAGGAUUUACCUGCACUGGCGGAGAAUGAAUGGGAUCCCGACGUCUAUAUAAACUUCUUGGUGAGUUUUAUCAAUUUCAUGAAGCAGAAAGUGGCAAAGGACACCACGGCUGUGUACAUGUUUGAACGCCGGGCUAGGGAUAAUAUCUACUGCUCAAAGCUGUCAGAACCAGCCAGUGCAUUUUUGCCCUCUUGGUAUACACAAAAGCUGCUUACCAAGACAAAUCUGACGAAGGAAACACCGAAGAUGCAAGUUAAACACGGAUAAUGUUGAAGUUGUAAGUCUGACUUGCCUAUUAUGGCGUGUUUAUGUGGGAAAUGUGUAUUUGUUUGGGUCUUUGUGAUUAGUUCCAGUUUUAAUGAUUUUGAUGUUAAAUAUAUGAAUACUCGUUUCAGAGAAUUGCUACUGUACUUAGAUAAUGAUGUAAUUACUUGUGAAUUAGAUCUUUAAAUAUCAAUUUCGUGUACCUUUUAAACUGCGAUAAGAUAUUGAUAUAAUACAUAAUCAGUGUGGCAUUGCAAUUAAUGUGUGAUAAGAUGAACAUGAUAUAUAGUUAGAUGUGUGACACUGUAAUCAGUGUUUAUAUUACCUGAAUAAUUUUGUUGCUAGCAUGAUAACACUAGGAUUAAUGUAAUCAUUAAUUUCAAACUAGUGUUCUGCCUUAAUAAAACUAACAUAAGCCUAGUUUGAUACAGAAUCUUGUGUCCAGCAAUUAUGUUAGUAAAUGUGAUUUAUUUCCCUGUCACUUAAACCAAUGUACUGUAAGCUAUCUUGGACACAACUGAUUGACUGGUACACAACCUCACAUCACUGCAAUUACUGUUUAAAUAAGAGCUGGACAGUCUAUAAAUGUGACAUGGUCUUUACCUACAAGCAGUGUCACUUCCCUCCAUGUUGGGGCUCCUUUCUUCUGUCCAAAAGCUGUGCACAAUAAAUAAAUAAAUGACUCAUUAUUACACCGAGUUUAAGGAAUUA